AUGCAAGGCGCAGUUUACCGAUUGCUUCCACUUUUGGCAUCUUCCCACCUCUGCCAGGGCCGCUUCUUGAAGAGACAUUCUGAGGAGUUGGCAGUGCACGACCAGGAGGAGACCUGCUCUCCGCUCCGAAACCAUGAGACUUAUUCUUCAGUUCCUGUAGCCAUCGGCACGCCGUCUCAGACCUUCGAGCUCGUAGCAGACACAGGCAGCAACAACUGCAUCGUGAUGGACUGCCAGUGUGCCCAGUGCCCGCACGAUUGGGGCAAAUGCUUUACAGGCAGCGGGAAGUCCAAAACUUUCGAGCUGCCAAAGUACAAGUCGCAUGACCCUUUGCUGGGCUCCAAGGCCGAGAUGCUGCCAGCUUCCAUGCUGCUGACCUUCGGGAGUGGUCAGAUUGCGGCACGUGUCGCAUCCGACGAGGUUCGAAUUGGCCACACCCAUGCCUUCAUGAAAAAUGGUUUGCUGCUGAUGGUUGACCAGGCCCUGCGUCUUCGAGGACCCUUCGAAGGCAUUCUCGGCUUGGGCCGGCCGGAGGUCAAGAUGAGUGGCAAGGCCAAGGUCAACCAUACUGCAGGGGAGCUUGACAUCCGGGUCCCAGGUUUUGCCGAGGAGGCAGGCAUCCGACGCUUCUCCAUGUGCUUCAACCGGGAGGCGGAUGGCGUUCUGGGCCUGCACACUGCAGAGCCUUCCAAGCGACUGGAGUCCGUGGGUCAGAUCCACUGGGGAGUGGACUUUCAUGGAAUCUCCAUCGGUGAGGGCAAUGCAAAGCAUAGGGUCAAGAUCUGCGACCCCAAAGAGAAGCGACCUGAUCAGGAGACCAUCUGCGGCCUCAUUCCAGACAGCGGGACCACGAUGAUCACCGGGCCCGAGAACCAGCUGGCCGAGCUUUACAUGGACAUCUGCUCGAAUUGGGAGCGUUGCCAAAAAGCGUUCGAAGAGGUCAGCAAGGAGAUGAAGGACUUGCAAGAUCAAGGCAUGCAAGUUGGAGGAUUGUCCUUGACACAGCAUGCGACAGUUCCGGAGGAGUUGGCCGAUGCCUUCAAGAAGCUGCAAGACAUCUUGCAAGCAGGAAAGGCUGACGCAGCCGCUUCCAACGGCACGAGCUCGGGUGACGCAGCCGACAUCGCUGACAUUCUCGGUGGGGCAGCAGGUGCAGGUGCGGAGGCAAGACCCCAGAAGGACUACAUGAAGGCCAAUGUCUUCCUGCUGCUGCUGGAGCACUGCGCUGACUGGGCCGAGGGCGUGGACAUGGAUCAGGAGCUUCCGAAGCUGAACUUCCACGUCGCCGGGCUGAACGGUGCGCAGACGGAGCUCUCGCUUCGCCCGAAGAACUACAUCAUGACUGCCACGGCUGACAUCAACGUUCCGGAAAUGAAAACGUUGGGUGGGUUGACCUUCCAGAUUGAGCGCAAGAAGCGUGGCAAGGUCUGCAUGCCUGCUUUUCAGCCGGCGCCUUUCACGACCAAGCUGAAUGGAGAGGUUUGGAUCAUGGGCACGCCUCUGUUCUACGAGUACACGGCCCACUAUGACCGUGGCAGCGCAGAUGGCAAGGUGAAGCCAAGUAUGGCUUUCACCCAUGUGCAUGAAGAGCCCUGCGGCAGAUGCCAAGACAAUCGCAUCGUCCGUGGCGGUCAUCCGGCCUUGACGCAGAAAAAGUCUGAGAAGACCGGCGUGGAGUCUCUCCGACAACUGACGAGGGCCCCAAUUGUGCGCAAUCUGACCUCCACGCACUCACUCUGA